GCCAGAUCUGCACUCCACGCUAUCAACUCUUGGCCCAUAUAAGGUAUGCUUCCUUCGUCUCUAAUCCAUCAUCUCAUCAUCAGCAGCUCUUUCAUUUCUUCCUUUCUUCUUCAUAUUUCCAACGCACGCUAGCCGUCGCAUUUUAUCUUCACUUCGCCCAUUCUUUCUCAUUAGAAAAUAUUAAACCAAAAACAAACCGCCAAAAUGCAUUUCUCAACCACCACAAUCCUUACCCUUGCGCUGGCCGCUCUCGCUUCCUCCUCCGCCAUCCCCGGUCGUCGCUCCCCCAAGGGUGGCCGCGAAAAGGGCAAUAAUGGCAACGGCAAAGGCAAUGGCAAUGCUGCCGCUGGAGUCGCUGCUGGUGGCGUCGCUGGCGGAGCUGCCGGUGUAGCCGUUGGCGCUGCAAACAACGGCACCGCAGUCGCCGCAGGCAACGCCACUGCCGUUGACGCUGCAGGCGCUUGCCCACCAGCAGUCACAGUCACGGUGACCGAGACAGUGGGUGCGAACGUGGCGGCCGCGACUGACAAUGCUGGUAACGCUGCUGCUGAUGCUGCGGCUGCUGCCGGUCAGGACGGAAAGGCCGCGAAGAAGGCAGCAAAGGCUGCUGAGAAGGCAGCGAAGGCUGAUGCUGCUGCUGCUGAUGCCGCGGCGGCUGCGGCUGCGGGUGGAGCGGUGGCAGCAGACCCGGCAGCAGAUGCUGCGGCAGCGAAUGUGAAUGCCAACCAAAACGCAAACGCAAAUGCCAACGGUAACAAUGGUAAUGCAAACGGAAACGCCAAUGCAAACGCCAAUGCCAACGCCAACGGAAACAAUCAGAAUGGAAACCAAAAUGGAAACGCCAAUGCCAACGCCAACGGAAACAAUCAGAAUGGAAACCAAAAUGGAAACAACGGUAACCAGAAUGGAAACAACCAGCAAGGAAACAACCAGAAUGGAAACCAAGAUGCCGCUGGCGCCGCUGAUGCCGCCGCUGCCAAUGGAAACGCCGCAAAUGCUGCUGCGAACGGAAACGCAAACGCAAACGCAAACGCCGCUGCAGGCAAGGCCGCCGUAGCAGCUGACCCUGCUGAUGCCGGAGCUGCAGCCGGUGGCGGUGUCGGUGACCUCCUCGGCCUCCUCGGUGGCGCCGGUGGCGCCGGUGGAGCAGCUGGCGGCGCUGGCAAUGCUCUCGCCGGACUUGGAGCUAAGGCUGGUGAUGCGCUUGCGGGUGUUAAGGGUGCUUUGGGCGGGCUUGCGGGUGGUGCUGCGAACUAAGUCGGGUAUGAUGAUGAUGAUUAUGGUGAGAGAGAGGGGGCGUUUAGGGGAUAUUCUGGCAAUCCGUCUUUGAUAGAUUGGAUAGAAUUAGGUUUUUGGUAAAUAGUCCCUCGUCUUUGAUAGACGUGAUCGGGGUAUAUGUAACAUAUGAACAAAAAUUGAUG